AUGGAGAACAUGUUCUGUGAGGAACAGUGUGUGAGAUUCUGUGUCAUGCCUCCCUGCGGCUGGGUGUAUGGGAUUGUGCGUGACACUGUGUGUGACUGCGACUCCGUGUGCAGUGGCUGGGUGGGACGGAUGGGACAAUGCUGUCACCUCUUCCAGAGCCCAGGCGAGGCAGUGGAAGCAGCAGCGUCAGAAGCAAGUGAUCGAGAGGAGGGCUGGGAACAGAGCCGGCUGCCCUUGCGUGACCGGACCCUUCGCCCCCCAUGCCCUGCCUCCCACACGAUGCCGAACUGUCCGCCCUGGUGGCCGCUACUGCUGCUCUCGCUGUGGGAGCCGCUGCUCCGGAGGGCGGAGGCAGGCUCUGAGGGGCAGACGGCGGGAGAGCUGUACCAGCGUUGGGAACGGUACCGCAGGGAGUGCCAGGAGACACUGGAGGCCGCGGCGCCCCCAGCAGGCCUCGCCUGUAACGGGUCCUUUGAUAUGUACGUCUGCUGGGACCACACUGCACCCAAUGCCACUGCCCGUGCGUCCUGCCCCUGGUACCUGCCCUGGAACCGCCACGUGGCUGCAGGCUUUGUCCUCCGCCAUUGUGGCAGUGAUGGUCAAUGGGGACCUUGGAGAGACCAUUCUCAGUGCGAGAACCCAGAGAAGAAUGGGGUUUUUCAGGACCAAAGGCUGAGCUUGGAGCGGCUGCAGGUUGUGUACACCGUGGGCUACUCCCUGUCCCUUGCCACACUGCUGCUCGCCUUGCUCAUCUUGAGUUUCUUCAGGCGGCUGCGCUGCACUCGCAACUACAUCCACAUCAACCUGUUCACGUCUUUCAUGCUGCGGGCAGCAGCCAUCCUCACCCGAGACCGUCUGCUUCCUCCGCCUGGCCCCCACCCUGGGGAUCAGGCUCCUAUCCUGUGGGACCAGGCCCUAGCUGCCUGUCGCACGGCCCAGAUCUUGACCCAGUACUGCGUGGGUGCCAACUACACGUGGCUGCUGGUGGAGGGCAUCUACCUGCACAGCCUCCUGGUGCUUGUGGGAGGCUCCGAGGAGGGCCACUUCCGCUGCUACAUGCUCCUCGGCUGGGGGGCCCCCGCGCUUUUCGUCAUUCCUUGGGUGAUCGUCAGGUACCUGUACGAGAACACGCAGUGCUGGGAGCGGAACGAUAUCAAGGGCAUUUGGUGGAUCAUAAGGACCCCUAUCCUGCUAACCAUCUUGAUUAAUUUUCUCAUCUUUAUCCGCAUCCUUGGCAUCCUCGCGUCAAAGCUGAGGACGCAACAGAUGCGCUGCCCGGACUACCGACUGAGGCUGGCUCGCUCCACGCUGACGCUGGUGCCCCUGCUGGGCGUCCACGAGGUGGUGUUUGCUCCCGUGACUGAGGAACAGGCCCGGGGUGCCCUGCGCUUGGUCAAGCUCAGCUUUGAGAUCUUCCUCAGUUCUUUCCAGGGCUUUCUGGUCAGCGUCCUCUACUGCUUCAUCAACAAGGAGGUGCAGUCGGAGAUCCGGCGGGGCUGGCACCGCUGCCGCCUGCGCCACAGACUCGGCGAAGAGCCGUGCCAACCCCCCGAGCGCGCCUUCCGGACCCUGCCCUCGGGUUCCGGCCCCGGCCAGGUCGCCGCCGGCCGCGCUCUGUGCUCGAGGACACUCCCAGGUCCUGGGGGUGAGGCCAGCCAUGUCUUAGAAAGUUACUGCUAG